AUGCAACAUCUUCUCUCUCCAUUUAUCAUCUUCUUGACAAAUGCAAUCAUUUUCUCUCUCAUUGCUAUUUACUUGAAAAAUGCAACAUCUUCUCUCUCCAUUUUUAUCAUCUACUUGACAAAUGCAAUGAUUUUCUCUCUCAUUGCUAUCUUCUUGAAAAAUGCAACAUCUUCUCUCUCCAUUUUUUCUCAUCUAUUUGACAAAUGCAAUGAUUUUUUCUCUCAUUGCUAUCUUCUUGAAAAAUGCAACAUCUUCUCUCUCCAUUUAUCAUCUUCUUCUGCAAUCAUUUUUUUUUUCUCUCAUUGCUAUUUACUUGAAAAAAAUGCAACAUCUUCUCUCUCCAUUUUUAUCAUCUACUUGACAAAUGCAAUGAUUUUCUCUCUCAUUGCUAUCUUCUUGAAAAAUGCAACAUCUUCUCUCUCCAUUUUUAUCAUCUACUUGACAAAUGCAAUGAUUUUCUCUCUCAUUGCUAUCUUCUUGAAAAAUGCAACAUCUUCUCUCUCCAUUUAUCAUCUUCUUGACAAAUGCAAUCAUUUUCUCUCUCAUUGCUAUUUACUUGAAAAAUGCAACAUCUUCUCUCUCCAUUUUUAUCAUCUACUUGACAAAUGCAAUGAUUUUCUCUCUCAUUACUAUCUUCUUGAAAAUGCAACAUCUUUUCUCUCCAUUUAUCAUCUUCUUGACAAAUGCAAUCAUUUUCUCUCUCAUUGCUAUUUAUUUGAAAAAUGCAACAUCUUCUCUCUCCAUUUUUAUCAUCUAUAUGACAAAUGCAAUUUUUCUCUCAUUGCUAUCUUCUUGAAAAAAUGCAACAUCUUCUCUCUCCAUUUUUAUCAUCUACUUGACAAAUGCAAUGAUUUUCUCUCUCAUUGCUAUCUUCUUGAAAAAUGCAACAUCUUCUCUCUCCAUUUUUAUCAUCUACUUGACAAAUGCAAUGAUUUUCUCUCUCAUUGCUAUCCAAUAGAAAAAUGCAACAUCUUCUCUCUCCAUUUUUAUCAUCUACUUGACAAAUGCAGUGAUUUUCUCUCUCAUUGCUAUCUUCUUGAAAAAUGCAACAUCUUCUCUCUCCAUUUUUAUCAUCUACUUGACAAAUGCAAUUUAUUAUUUCCCCUCUUACUGUCAGCUUCAAAGAUGUGA